CUGAAAGUCAUUGCUAUUGAUGAACAGCUGAGAGUCAUUUAUGAGGAUAAUGUUCAUUUUGAUAAAGACCUUCCAGAAUUUAAGACUCAAGGUGGAGUCUAUAUUCACAGUGACAGACUGACAGUCACUUCUCCUGUGCUAAUGUGGGUAAAGGCUCUGGAUAUGAUUUUGGAAAAGAUGAAGUCUUCAGGCUUUAACUUCUCUCAAGUCAGAGCUUUGUCUGGUGCAGGCCAGCAACAUGGGAGUGUGUACUGGAAAAAAGGAAGCAUCCAAAUUUUGAAGAGUGCAUCAUCCGAGCUGCCUUUACAUCAGUCACUAAAGGCUUGUUUUUCUGUUGGCAACAGCCCCAUCUGGAUGGAUUCUAGCACAGCUUCCCAGUGCAGCGCUCUGGAGAAAGCCGUGGGGGGAGCACAGCACCUAGCGAGGAUCACUGGUUCUCGAGCCUAUGAGCGUUUUACAGGAAACCAGAUAGCAAAGAUUUACAGCCAGAAUCCUGAGGUCUACAUGCAAACUGAGAGAAUCUCUUUGGUUAGUAGUUUUGCAGCUUCCCUUUUCCUAGGAGCUUAUGCACCCAUCGAUUACAGUGAUGGCAGUGGGCUGCAUUUACUCCUAAUAACUGAGAGAAGCUGGAGUAAAUCUUGCCGUCUUCCCUUUGCAGGGG